AAAAUGUUCUCUCAAGGCAGAUUCAACGUCAGUUACAUACCUUCCAGUUCAGUUGUAGAUAAAAUGCAAAGCAGUCCAGUUCAGUUUGUGCCAAACACUAAAGCAAGUCUUCCAUCUAAGGAAACCAUCAGGUCGUUUACUUCGCAGAAACCCUCCUCCUAAUCAUGCAUGUGGCCACAGUGGAAAGCAACAACUUGCCCUUAAACCAGGAAGAAAUCUGCAGCAGAACCCGGCUCAGUAUGAGCUGGAGGAGAUGACACAAAACAUAGAAGCACCUGGAAUGUUGGAAAAUGUUGUUUUAUUUCAUUCUUUUUGCAUUUUCAUGUAAUGUUGUAAGACAUGCUGAGCAAAGAAAGAAGAACCAAGUUUCACAGAAUGCAGAUGUUCUCUAUAGAUCCUGAUGUUUAGUCUGUUUAAGGCACUAUGCUGUUCCUGCUGUACCUGGAUUGCAAUGGCUGUCAUACAUUUCCGAAAAGGUUUAUAUGGUUUCUUGUUUUUUCAGAGCUGGAUUCAGCACCACAUUUUGUGUUUUAAUGUAUUGAACCAGCAGCUGAUCUUAAACCUGGUUAAAACAGCCUGAAUAAUUCAGACAGAUCGGAUUUUUCGAAACAACUUGUAAUAAUGCACAUGAUGUGAACUCUUCCUGUUAUUCCAGCUCUAAUUCUGUAGGUACGUGGUGCUGAUGCGCAUGCGCCUCGUAUGCAUCACUCAGACAGUAAUUCGGGCUCUGACGCUGUGACGUGCUCUGUGCAUUAUCCGCUCCACCUGUGCAUUAUUCAGAUUGUAGUUCCGGUUCUAAUCCUGUAGGUACAGCAGCAGCGCUGUGUGCAGCGGUUCCGUUCCGGUCCUCCGGAGCUCUGAGUGGUGCUGUCUCUCUUCUCUCUCUCAGCUCCAAACUGCCUUCAUUGCUCUCCACCAGCAGCGGACUGAGCAGGCCCUCGCAGCCGCCACACGGUGCCCCCUAGCCGGGCUCAUUCCAGCCGCAGACCCCGGCAGGUGAGACUGCUGCUGGUUCCCCGGAGUCCAGCGGGGCCCCCCUGACCCCACUCUGGAGGCCAGAUUCACGGACUGCUCCGCGGGUACGAACCGGGGCUGUGAUGAAACCAUAAACAGAGUGCGACACGCACGCACACCACGCACACAGACACAGCCUAAACGGGCCCAGACCGCGCUUGAACUUGUCCGUUUGGCCCCCUGUGUGAGUGCGGGGGCCGCGGAAGCAUCCUCCACCUCUGUGGCUCUUUGGGGACGUUAUUGUCUGUGGAAGGCUGACGCGCUCUUCGCAGCGGCCCCUGCGCUGUCAGACGAGGAAGUGAGGCUUCAUACACGCCCAUCUGAGCCUGCUGAAGCAGCGGAGAACCGUUCAUCAGAUAACAGCAGCGGACUUUAUCAACAUGCGCCCACUUUCUGAUGGAGAGCUGCGGGAAUAAGCUGCGCCACGACGCCGUUUUCUGCAGUUUGUUUCAGAGUUGAAUGAUGGACAAGGAGCUGGUUCAGCAGAGCCAAUCAGAACAGGCCACCAAUGGCCCCGCCCCCUCCACACCUACAACGCCCACCCCUCCCCGGCUCAUCCCCAACCCCAUGCUCCUGGACUCCCCCACACCCACGCUGACUCCCACCACCUCCUCCCCUCCUCCCCCCCUCACCCCAGCUCCCUGCGUCGUGGCCCACGGAUCGAAGGCGGCGGCGGGCGGGCAUCUGUCCCCUCAUGUCCUCGUCCCAGCUCUGCCUAAACUCACCUCCACGGCGACCCCCGCCCUGCGAACGUACUCCCGCCCCAUCCUUCCCUCCCCAGCCACCAAGGCAUCUCCUUCCACGCAAACCUCCUCCUCUUCCUCCUCUGUUGUCACAGCAACCACAGCUUCACCCCAGCCCUACUCUUCACCUGCUGUGACACAGAGCAACACCAUGAGCUCCACCAGCCUCACCAAUGGGAGCACCCGACCUGGUCCCACCUCCACGCCCAUCAUACCGUUUCACACCCCGGCCAGCCCACCUGGCAGACAGGUGCAACAGGCUCAUCCUGUGGGCACACCUGGUCUUGUGCGAGCCAAUCAGAGCCCCUCACCUGUCAGGCAGAGGGUGUCCCAGCAGGCUUUGCUCUUGGGGAAAGGUCUCAAAGGGUCUGGCCAAGACCAGGUGCUGCUGAGAGCUCAGAUGCUCAUUCUUACGUCCGCUAUGCGACCUGCACAGUCACCCUCCUCUUCCUCCUUCUCCUCUUCCUCCUCCGUCCCCUCCUCUAACCCCGCCUCCGCUCAGCUCCAGAGUCUCACCUUGAGGCCUCCUCCCCCCGGGACUCUCACCAUUCCCCCUUCUCUGCGGCUGAAGCCUCCCUCCUCGGCCCCGCCGCCCCUCUCCCGUCCCAACGCCCCCGUCUUCCCCCCUCUCAGGCCGCGACCGCAGCCCAGCACUGUGGCGAAGGACAGCCCGACCGCACCCAGCCGCCACCUUUCUGUCCCGCCUCCAACUCUCUACUCUCCAGUUCGAGCCGUCCCUCUCAGACCGAGGCUUCUCUCUCCCAACGGUCACCGAGCAACAACACCUCGACAAUCCCCGGCCCUCCAACCCAUCGCCGUUGCUCCAUCCAGUCAGACCACGUCUGUCAGUAAGCCGCUGACUGGGUUAAAGAGCUGUGCAUUAACUCACACCGUUCUGGGUCCAACCUCGUCCCAACACAGCCCUUUAUCUUCUUCCAACCACUUUGAACGCUCACCGUCUGCAGCGAGGCAGCUGCAGAUCAUCGCCCUUUCAUCCAGUCAGCAGCCACAGGCAGGCACGUAUGCCCACUCUGCAGUGAAGUCCAAGCCUUCUGAGCUGCCUGAGCUUUCCAGCCAAUCAAAAAGGACUGUUAAGAAGGAAGACUUGAAUCUUCUUCCUUUGAACCCGCCUCCCUUGCCCUCUGCUCCAUCUCACACACAAACUUUGAGCAAGAAGAGAGAGCCAAAGCAGAGUGAAGAGCAAGGAAACAUAAACCGAGGAGCGAAACCAGGAAUUAAAGACGAACAGACUGUCAGUAAAGACCUCCAGCUGGAGAAAGAUGUCCAAAGAGAGAAGGUGAAGCAAGAGAAACUCACUGAGAUGGAACGGGAACCUCAAUCUGAGAGAGAUAAAGCUCUGAUGGAGGUAACAGCAGACGAUGAGAGAGACACAGAGAGGAGAGGAACAGGAAAGAAAAGGAAGAUGGAGGAGGAGGAAGGAGGAGACAUUCCCAUGGAUACAUCUGACAGCCUGAGCGGCCAGCUUCUACAUCAGCACCAGAACACCGAUACCGUUAAAGACUCGAGCAUGGAAUCAAAACCCAGCCUGGAUCUCACCCCAGUCCCAGUUAAAACUCCAUUAAAAGGAACAGUUUCAGCCCAAACUCCAGUAACAGAACCUGUUCCAGUUCAAACACCAGUAACAGGACCAGUUCCUGUUAAACCUUUAGUAAAAGGACCAGCUUCAACCCAAACUCCAUUAACAGAACUCGUUCCAGUUGACACACCAGUAACAGAACUCGUUCCAGUUGACACACCAGUAACAGAACCCGUUCCAGUUAAAACACCAGUAACAGGACCAGUUCCAGUUAAAACACCAGUAACAGGACCAGUUCCAGUUGAAACACCAGUAACAGGACCAGUUCCAGUUAAAACACCAGUAACAGGACCAGUUCCUAUUAAAAUGUCAGUAAAAGGACCAGUUUCAACUAAAACUCAAGUAACAAGACUAGUUCCAGUCCAAACACCGGUAACAGGACCAGUUCCAGUUGAAACACCAGUAACAGGACCAGUUUCAACUAAAACUCAAGUAACAAGACUAGUUCCAGUCCAAACACCGGUAACAGGACCAGUUCCAGUCCAAACACCGGUAUCAGGACCCGCACCAGUUAAUACCCCAGUAAAAGGACCAGCUUUAACCCAAACUCCAAUGACAGGUCCCAUUCCAGUUGAAACACCAGUAGCAGGACCAGUUCCUAUUAAAACCUCAGAAAAAGGACCGGUUUCGACUAAAACUCAAGUAACAGAACUAGUUCCAGUCCAAACACUGAUAACAGGACCAGCACCAGUUAAUACUCCAGUAAAAGGACCAGCUUCAACCCAUACUCCAGUAACAGAACCAGUUCCUGCCCAAACACCAGUAACAGAAGCAGUUCCAGUUAAAGCUCCUGUAACAGAACCAGUUCCUGCCCAAACACCAGUAACAGGACCAGUUCCAGUUAAAGCUCCUGUAACAGAACUAGUUCUUGCCCCUAAACCAGUAACAGGACCAGUUCUGGUCCAAUUACCAGCAACAGGACCAGUUUCUGAAGUCUCAGUCCAUUGUCAGAGGUCACCAGAACCUCAACAAGACCUUCAGCCGAGCCACGAGGACUUCUGUGAGAACAUGUCGACUCAGUCCGACAAUCAGUCAGCGUUGUCCAGCCUCUCUUCCCAGUCUCCUCCCUGCUCCCCCUUCAUUGUCUCCGCAUCAGAAAACCCUCACCCCCUCCUCCCUGCUCAGAUCACCCACCCAACCGACCUCAGUCGGACGCAGCACGAGGCGGCCAAGGCCGACAAGACGCCGUCAGAUUCCCAACAUGCACCUCAACCCAAAACUGAACUUAUCUACCAAUCAGAAGAUGAGUCUGAGAGCUUUAGCCAAUCGCUGGGCAGCCCCUGGGAGAUGAAGGCGUGGCCUGAGGGACGACAGGUUCUGACUCACCUGGUGGAGGGAUUCGUCAUUCAGGAGGGGCUCCAGCCGUUUCCUGUGAACCGCUCCUCCCUGCUGGUACCAGAGCAGGUGUCCAAACCACAGGAGGUGAACGGGACCAACGGGAAAGCAGCGUUGCCUGCAGCAGACCCCAUAAAGCAAACAGAGGCCUCCACAGAUUCAGAGGAAGAGGACGGCAGAGACGUGGGCGACCUGGAGAACAAGUCAGGCCACAGAGAUCGGACGGUGCUGCACUGUCAGUUCUGCGGGAAGCGAGGUCACGCACACAACUUCAUGCGGUCCAAACGUUUCUGCUCCACCGCCUGCGCACGCGGGUUCAACGUCCGGCUGACGAAGCGCCUGAGGGCCCUGAGUGCAGGCAGCCGAUCCGAAAGGCCCCGUCCGACUCUGAACCGGGCCGAGUCGGUACCUGGGAAACCUCUGCUGCUGCGCCUGCCUCGGGAUCUUUGGAGCGCCGGGCGGCGCGAGAAAGACGGGAAAGAAAAGCCAGCGGCAGCGGCGGCGGCGGCGGCGGAGCACAAGGACGGGGAGGAAGACAAAGACAUGAGGGCGUCCCCUCAUGUCUUUGAGGAGGCGGAGGAAGACGAUGAUGAUGGAGGAGAGGAGGAUCCUGCUGUUGCCAUGGCAGCCAGGAUGGAGCGGCGUGCGGCCCGGAGAGCGAGGAGGGCGUCUGCGCCCGCCUUCACGGCCUCGACUCCCACCACGACGUUCCGCCCCACCCCGUCCCAGUGGAGCGUGGAGGAGGUCACAGCCUUCAUCCAGACGCUGCCGGGCUGCGGUGACGUGGCCGAGGCCUUCAGGCUGCAGGAGAUCGACGGCCAGGCUCUGCUGCUGCUGACCGAGGACCACCUGAUGACCAGCAUGAACAUUAAACUGGGUCCUGCCCUCAAGAUCUGCGCCCACAUCAACGCUCUGAAAAACCAGUGAAAGGAACAGGAGUGACCCCCAGACAGGCGGCAAUAAAGGCGAGGGGAAAACCGAGAAAUCUGGAAACUUUAUGUGCUUGAUAAAGGGCCGAAGCUGACACCAAGGAUGACAGAACAAAGUCACAAAAAGAGGAAAUUGUUGGUAGUUUAUAAUUUAUGACGUUAUAAUGGAGGUGUGGCCUUAGUGGACCAGAACGGAGCAGAAACUCACCUGUUUUAGGCCAAGUGUAGCAGGAAACCUGGAGACUUUUUGUACCUUUCUGUAUAUUUUACAUGCCACUGGAGAGUGUACAUUUCAAGCUAUUUCAUGAAGGAUUUUGAACAUUUAAUAUAUGAAAUUUGUCUAUUUAGUUUUUUUAGAGUGUGACAUCAAUGACAAAUCCCUGUAGCUAACAUAACCAGUGUGUGUGUGUGUGUGUGUGUGUGUGUGUGUGUGUUGGGUGUUAAAGGAGGAAGAUGACAAUAAUCUGUAGAUUUUGUAAGUGAUCCAUCAAAGUUUAAUGUUUUCUAUCAACAUAUUCUGUGGAUUCAAAAAAGAAAACAUCACUAUCAGGGUAGAGAGCGGUGUCUUCAGUCGUCACGUUUUUAUGAUAUCCUGCUUGAAAUUAUUUAAUAAAUCAAUGAUUAAUCAAA